AUGCUCCGCUUCGCCACAGCGAUCCUCUGUUCUGUCCUCCUGGCGACUUGCACGGCCGCUGCGCCCGCUCCCCCGUCCAGCGUGGUGUCCUCUGCAGCCUCCACCGUGUCCUCCACGGUGGUGGCGGAGAGCUCUGCGAUCCCCAGCUCUGCCGUCACGAGCUCCGCUAUCUCGACUUCCGCGGUCUCCAGCUCCGCGAUUUCGAGCAGCCUUGCCUCGAGCGCCCCCGCCUCGAGCACCGGUUCUGCGACCUCGACCGCGAUCGGGUCGACGGAGACCGUGCCGUACGCCAGUGACGACCCCAACUACCCCGCGUGGAACGAGACGUCGACGACGGACCCCGAGGCCGUGCACGGAUCCCUCGGUGCCUCCAUCCUCGGGCCUCAGAACGUCCCCGUCGCCCUCCAGAACCCCGACCUUCUCGCUCCACCCACGACGGACUCGGGGAGCGUCAACAACGCGAAGUGGCCGUUCGCCAUGAGCCACAACCGCCUGCAGACUGGUGGCUGGGCUCGCCAGCAGAACGUCGGAGUGAUGCCCCUCGCCACAUCGAUGGCCGGUGUCAACAUGCGCCUCGAGGCGGGCGCGAUUCGCGAGCUCCACUGGCACAAGACGGCAGAGUGGUCGUACGUACUGAAGGGCAGCGUCCAGGUGACGUCCAUCAACAGCGACGGGCAGAAUUAUCUCGGCACGGCGUCUGCGGGCGAUCUUUGGUACUUCCCGCCUGGUGUCCCGCACUCACUGCAGGCGACGGACGACGACCCCGACGGUGCGGAGUUCCUGCUCGUUUUCAACGACGGCGCCUUCAGCGAAGACGCGACGUUCCUGCUGACGGAAUGGCUGGCGCAUGUGCCGAAGGAAGUGCUCGCGAAGAACUUCAAGGCGAGCAUGUCCGCGUUCGACCACAUCCCCGCCGAGCAGCUCUACAUCUUCCCCAGCGCGCCCCCGCCGACGAACGGCGCGCCGGUGGCGGACCCCGCGGGGCAGGUCCCGAACCCGUUCGUCUUCCACCUCUCGCAGGUGAACGCGACCGCGCUCGACGGCGGCUCGGUCAAGGUCGUGGACUCGACCACCUUCACCGUCUCCGAGGCGAUCGCCGUCGCGGAGGUCACCGUCGAGCCCGGCGCGAUGCGCGAGCUGCACUGGCACCCGACGCAGGACGAGUGGACGUACUUCCUCGGGGGCUCGGGCCGCGUGACGCUCUUCGCGUCCGAGGGCAACGCGCGCACGUUCAACUACCAGGCGGGCGACGUCGGCUUCGUGCCCGCGUCGUUCGGGCACUACGUGGAGAACACGGGGAACGAGACGCUGCACUACCUCGAGAUCUUCAACACGGCGCGCUUCCAGGACAUCUCGCUCUCGCAGUGGCUCGCGCUCACGCCGCCGGACAUGGUCAGGGCGCACCUCCAGCUCGACGACGACACGCUCGCGAGCCUCGACCAGUUCAAGACGAAGGCGACCGUCGUCGGGCCGAAGUAA